UUCCAUUCUGGUCUGACUGACCAACAGCACUCCAUCCUCCCCGCCACACAGGGUGGAAGGAGAAUGUGUGCGAGGAGGAGUGUGUGAAGGAUCCAAACUGAUCAGGAGAUGAAGCUUUUUUCUCUGAAGAACCUCCUUGUUUUUCUCUGUGUAUGAGAGUCAACAAUCAGCCGACAGGAAUGGACCCCCCUGGUGGUCCAUACCUCAACAGGAGUGCCCUGUGCUCGGCUCUGGGCACGGCCCGCCUCUGUCAGCUGGCCAUGGGAUGUGCUGUGAUUGCCAUGGUAGCCCACAGCGCCGGGUACAGCGGGGCGCACGGGGUGUUCUGCAUGGCGGCGUGGUGCUGCUGCUUCGCCGUGACGGUGGUGGUGUUUUUCCUGGAUGCCACCCGCCUCCACAGCUGCCUGCGUGUGUCCUGGGACAACCUGACGGUCACAUGCGCGGCCUGUGCCACGCUCAUGUAUGUGACGGCCUCUGUGGUUUACCCGCUCUUCUUUGUCCGAGCCGAGUGUCCGUACGCUGGCUGUGACAUACGAGAUUUCCGCAUCGCCGUCACCGUCUGCUCCAUCCUGGGAACGCUGGCCUAUGGAGCUGAGGUGGCCCUGUGUCGGGCCAGACCAGGACAGAUCGUGGUGGGCUACAUGGCCACCGUCCCCGGCCUCCUCAAAGUCGUCCAGGCCUUCGUCGCCUGCGUCAUCUUUGGAGCUCUGGCCAAUGGAAGUCAGUACUCCCAGUACGCCGCCACCAUUUACUGCGUUGUCGUCUAUUGUCUCUGCUUCGGCCUGACGGUCCUACUGGUGGGAAUGACGGUGUGUAAACGCACCAAGACCGUGAGCUGCAUGCCCUUUGAUCGCUUCGUGGUGGUGUGUACGCUCCUGGAGGUUCUGCUCUACCUGAGUGCUUCGGUGGUGUGGCCCGUUUUCUGCUUCGACACUAAAUAUGGCUCCCCAUGGAGACCGUCCUCAUGUCCGCGGGGGAAGUGUCCCUGGGACAGCCAAGUGGUGGUGGCGGUGUUCUCCUGCGUGAACUUUGGACUUUAUCUGGCCGACCUGAUUUACUCUCAGAGAAUAAAAUUUGUCUCCUCUCACCUGCCCACCACCUCACGAUGUAGAACCUGACUGACCAUCACUGGCUUAAAUUAUUGUUUUUCCUCCACUUUUUAUGUUGUUUGUAAAUGUGUUUGAUAAUUAAAGAGACAGAAGAGACUGAAGGACUUGUUCUUUCACCGAUCUAAAGAUUAUAUAACAAAGUUUAUCGAUGCGAGACAUCGUUGGGUUGUUGGGAUUAUAAAUUUAUAUUAAACACUUAUCUAUCUUACAAA